UUCACAUGGCAACGGUGUAAACUGACAACUUUCACCUCUCAAAAAUUGCUUUUUUUGUUUUUAUCUGGCAAAUACUUAAUUAAAUAAAAAUGUAUAAACUCGACCUACCGGUCGAUUAUAAAGAAUCGGCUGCGAUUGAGCGCCGAAGAAACAUGGAAGAGCAGAGAAAGUCUAGAAUAUUUAAUUCAAAAUCGCGAACAAUCGGGGUUGAUGUGCAAGCUCUCCAGCAACAAAUGAAAGACAAGGAACAACAGGAAAAUUAUGAGAGAAAGCGAACUCAAGCAUUUGCCUCUGAUGCAGUAAGGAAUGACAAGAUUUCCCAGCUCUUGGAGAAACGUCAGGAACAGGACAUUUUUGAGCUGAACCGAGCCCUGAAUGAGUUCCGCAGUUUACACCAGCAACCAGACAGCCGGCGGGAGUUUGACCUCUAUGAUCCUGACUACCUCAAGAAGGACAAGCCAGCACGAGUCAGCGAUGACGAUCCCCGCUGUGGAAUCUCUGGUCUUCAGAAAUUUGAAGGUGAGGACCUCAACAGCAAGGCAAGAAGCAAAUACCAGCAAGAGCAACUUCGUGAGUGGUCUCUUGAGCAGCAAAGAGAACGUGACCAGGCAAAACGGAACCAGGAACAGGCAGACCGACUAUAUGAGCUGAAGAUGCGAGAGCUGGACCAGCGCUCCAUGGAGCUGCAACAGGCUGAGGAGGAAUGUCGCCGAAACAUUAACAUGUCUAUGACUGACUACAACAACGCACUGGCAAGAGAAAGAUCUGAAAAGGAACGUCUGAAGAAACAGCAAGAGUUGGACAACAACAUGACAGAAAUUGCAAACCAUGUGUUUGGCGAUGUGUUGACAGAGAACCCGGCAGUGGCCCAGAGUGCAUUUGGACCUCACAGAGUUAUCACAGACCGCUGGAAGGGCAUGAGUCCCCAACAGUUGGAGGACAUCCGCAAACAGCAGGAGAAACAGAGGAUGGAGGCCGAGCGCCUUGAACAGGAAAAGAAUCUACGUGACCUUGAGUUUGAUAGACAGCGGCUUGCUAACGCACGGGCGGCCAUGUUGCUGGAGCGCGAACAGGAGCGAAAACGUGAGGAGCUCAACAGAUGCCUGGCAGAUGAGAACCGACGUCUUGCUCAGGAACAGAAGUCCCAUCAGGAUUACCUUGAGAGGGAGGUCUACACGAACCCACCAUCUGCCGCUUACUUCAUGCAGUUCAACACAUCAACUCGAUAAAGUCAGAGGCUAUAAAAUAAAGAAAUGGUGGACAUCUGUUUUUAAUGUUGUUGCUUUUUGAAGUGGUAUAAUUUCUUGAAAUGGUAUAAAUUCUUAAAAAUAUUCCAAUUAUAUAUUUUUUUAUUUUCUUUUAACAGAAGGUAUUUCUUAAGAUUUAAGUAUUAUUUUAUUAAUGGGUUAUGAAUUUUAAACAAUUGUAUGAUGUUCAUGCGAAGAGUUUAAAAUGGUUACACUGAAUCGUAUUUGAGGAAAACGUUAAUAAAGGAGAAAUGUACCAGUAUUUGCACUUGUUGACAAAAUAAUACAUACCGGUAGUAUUACAAAAUAUUUAUGUAUUUUUGUGUUCUUUGAAAAUGGACAGCAUAACGAAUGGAUGUAUGCAUGGCAUUGUGUGAUGUGUCUUGUCAUUAUUGUUUAUGAUUGAUGUACAGCUUUAAGAAUAUUUGAUGCCUUAAAAGUGACCCUUUAUUAUUCUGGUAUCAUCUCAAAGUGUUUCAUGUGCAGAGAAAGAAUAUGUUAUAAAUUGUAUGAGUUAUAACAAACAUGCUUUUUAGGUUUUGAUGGAUUGCACAAUGGGCUAUUUCAUGUCCAAUGAUAGUUGGAAUAUGGAAUAAAAAAUAUGAAAUACAAUAAGUUUAUCUGUGGGUAAUUUAUGGUCAGUUAUUUCACAUAAAGUAUUCAGCAAGCAAUAUCCAUUUAUAAAACCAAAAAAUAAAUGAGGUCACAAGGCAUCAAGAUUUAACAUUACUGCCAAUGGAGCAAUACAAUCACAACAGAUAUCUUCAUGAGAAACAUGUGAUAGUUAUAAUUAUGUGAUAAGUUUGAAUUACAAAGAUGGAAUGAUUUAAUUAAGGAUUAUUGAAUUAUCAUGGUAACCAUUUUUAAUAAAUCACACAAGUAUCUGUUGUUUUAUAUGAGUGUAUGUUUUAUCUGUGAUAAAAGAAAAAAAUGUUAAUAAAAUUUACACA